AUGAAUCAAUCACGAUCACACGAUAGAAAUCGAUCACGGAGGCGAAGUAAUAAUAAAGUACCAGCAGGUUGGCUUGAUUAUACUCCAUUGAAUACAUGGAUUGAAAAUACUCGUAUUAUUCCAUUUAAAUGUCCUUUGAGAAGGUCGAUCUUACGACAUGUCGAUGAGCAAGAACGUUUUUCCUUGGAUGAUUUAGUUGAACGUUUAGAAAAGCAAGGACGAACGAUUGGUUUAAUUAUUGAUUUAACUGAUACUGAUCGAUAUUAUGAUUAUCGAGAUGUUGAAGAUAUGAAUAUUGAAUAUUGUAAAAUUCGUGUACCAGGUCAUCAAAAUGUACCUGAAAAAUGUUGUCAACAAUUUUUUCGUGUUGUUAAUUCGUUCUUACAUGACAAUCAACAUAAUGACAAACUUAUAGGUAUCCAUUGUACACAUGGAAUAAAUCGAAGUGGUUAUUUUAUUGUCAGAUAUUUAAUUGAAAUACUUGGCUUACAACCAAAUGAUGCUAUUGCCGCAUUUAAUCGCGCACGUGGACAUCAAAUUGAAAAAUACAUCGAUGAUCUUCAAACAAGAAUACCAGUGAAUAUUGCUUAUUCAUCUUUGUCUGAUCAAGAAGAGCAUAAUUAUUAUCUAGAAAAAGAUCGACCAUUACCAUAUACUAGGCCAACAACAGAUACAACAUCUAAUGAUUUCUUGUCAGAAACAUCAGAAUUGAUUGUAUAG